AUGGGCGGAAUACCGAUCGAACUUGUCGAUGAGUUCCGUUACCUGGGCUGUAUGCUGAGGAACAACGACAGCUACGAGAAAGAUGUUCAGCAAAGAUGCGCUAAGACCAAUUCUGCAUCAAACUUUUUAAGGAAACGUCUAUGGUCAACCCCCAUCAUCAAUGGUAGUCAGACAGUGUCAGGCCAGGAGAGGAAGCAGGGUGCAGUAGAAAUGCCUCAUCAAGUGCAAUUUUUCCAUGACAGUGCCCUCACGAGGCAAUGCGCUUCCAAUUCUACAAAGCACAAGAUAUGGCGACAAAGAGAAAUCACAUGGGCAUUUCGAGAUCCAUUUGAAUUACUGAAGGAUGAUCACAGUCGUCAGUUAGUGAGAUCACUUAUAUCGACAGGUUUUGCUCUGUGGGGAGACGCACUGGAUGGAAGGCUCGAGUUCGAAGAUGUUUCUCACCUCGUGAACAACAACAAUUAUGUGACUAAACCUCCUGGAGUUGAUAUAGAUAUUCUUUUUGCUAGACGAUCCCACGGUGAUGAAGAGGCGUUCGACGGCAAAGGCAACAUGGUCGCUCACUCAGGAUAUCCACCGAAGGGGAUUCUACAUCUAGAUGCCGACGAAGAGUGGUCGUUUGAUGGCUCCCGCGGAGUUGAUUUGCGUUACGUAAUGAUACACGAGAUCGGUCAUCUAUUAGGACUGCGACAUUCUCGCAAAAGAUCUUCUAUCAUGAGCAAGUACUACCGAAAUCUCUCAACGGGAAUGCGACUUCCACGCGUAGAUAUUCUAUCGAUAAAACGACUGUAUCGAAUCAGUGACAGAUACUCAUAG